GGGGGGGGGGUAAAGCGCCGCGCGCACGCGCGCAGCGCCUGGGGAGAGCACCGGCAAGGGGCUGAUGGUGGAGGCAUACCCACUGGAUUUGGCGAGAGGUCAAAAGCAUGCAGAAAACGCCCAAGAGGAACAAGCAGCCGUUACCUUGCGGGGAGCCAGCCAGCCUUCCUCCUGACAAGAGAAAAAGGGAAAGUCCCGAUGACUUCGUAGCCCUUCUGCCUCCCGAAGUCAGCUUGCAGAUAUUCAGUGAGCUCGAUAUUUGCAGCCUGUGUAACGCUGCGAUGACAUGCAGGAGCUGGAAUCAAGCUAUUGACAAUAAUGACUGUUUGUGGAAAAAUCACUGUUUGACUGUGAGAGCUGUCUGUCAGCGAGAGAUUGAUUGCGAUCGAGGCAAUGGAUACUCAUGGAAGAUCACAUUACUAAGAAACUACUGGAAAAGCAAAGUAAAACAAGAAUGGCUGAGUGGGAAAUACAGUAACAUUCACUCACAAAACAACUUGCCAGAGAAAAGCAUGUAUCCAAUGGAUGUUGACACGUGGGGAGAAAUCCUGGAAGCAGAACUAGAGAGAUGAGAAGCCAGUGCAGUUUCUUGCAACUCAAGAACCUUACAUCAACUCAUGGACAGCCAAACUGUAAAUAUGUUGCCGUUUAAAUUAGUUGUGUUUGCAAGCAUGUGAUGAAAACUUCUCUGAAGAAGAGAGAUAUACUUUUUAUGUGCACUUUAUUAGACUGACUGAUACAAAAAGUAAAAUUCUAAAUAAGACUAUUCAGUCGUAAUUUUAUGUUUGUAAGUUUUAUAUUCUGCUGUAUUAUUGAAAAUAUGUUGAAUGUACUUUCAGUUUGCACUUCUUUUGGAAAAAAAACUUUUUUUUAAAAAAAAGUGUUUCAGUAUAUCAUGUCAGCAGCACAACAUGGCAUUCCAUAAAGGAAGGCUGGGAGGAGGACAAAUCCAGACAUUGGAAAGGAGUAGGCAGCCACCUCAGCUGCUACAUCCCCAGGGUCUGUAUCAAGGGACAGAGCCUGCACAGAGCUUUUCUGAGCCUGCACACAUUGACGCAUUGGUGCUUCGCAGCACCACGUUUCUAUUACCCAGCUCUAGAACUUCUGAAUAAGGACUCAAAGAUUGAAACAACAGGUAGGAUUGAAGCAGCCACUUAAUGAACAGCCUUGCUGUCAUUAACUAUGCAUUUUUUUUCACUUACAUAACAAUGUGAUAGGGAAUAAAAAAAUUUUUUGACUUUAAACAUAGUAAGUCAACUUUGUUUGUAGUCAGGGUAUCUCACAUAGUUAAAACAUUCAGAAACUUAUCUUUUUCUGCAUUAGGAUCUUCCAUCACACUGUUAUCUGCUUUACCAGCACUGAUUUUUGCUACUGACAUUAAAAAUUGCUGCUAGGAAAAGAUAGGCAUAUCACAUUACUUAGCAUGAAAAAAAACUACAAAAGCAGUUUAUUACAAUUCGGUUUAAAUGUCAUGUCACCUUUCCCUACCUACAUUUUGCACUGAAGAGUAACUAGAAAACAGUGGAAGAGUCCAUAUUGGUUUAGGUAUUCCUAUAAAAUUCAGUGACCAAUCUAGGACCAAUUUUACAUAGAAAAUUCUAUCAUGCUCAUGAAACUUAGUUAAUAUGAAAAAAAAUCAAAUUUACUACUGCAGACUUUUGCAAAAGACUUUCUGGUAACACACAAACAAGCGUCCUGCUGAGAACUCGAGGUUCACUAGCUCUAGAUCCAGCCGUUACGCUAGAUGCAAGGAUUACUGAAGCAAGGUCCAACUCUUCCAUUAGUAGGGCGCAGUAACACUAGAUGGAGCAGUAGAGCAGUUUAGCUCAGGGAAAAAUAAAUGCCAUCGUCCUCUGGGUUAAGAUCCAAUACUGUUUUUUAACGGUGGUACUUAGACAACCCGACAGUUCAAAACCCUUUACAAUUUCCGUGUAUUUAUUUUCUCACGGUUAUUUCACCACUGCAGACUAUCUAGUGAAAACUUAUUUUUAUCCCCCUUUCUUGUAAGAGUCUAGGCUCACGGUCUAUUUCUUGUAGGUGCCCUUACCAAGGCCAAAGAAGAGCAGAACAGCCAAGUGAAGCGGGUAGUUUUAAAAUGCUUCCAAGAACAAUAUAUUAUUUGAUUCCCUUUCUAGUUUGGAACAUUCAGAGUUCACUAAAACUGUUCCACUUCCCUCAGCUUCCUGUAUUUUCCCCAUUAAAAAAGCUUUUUCAUUUCAUAAGCAGUGACUUUUCUAAAUCAUC